GAGUCCUUCUGCACUGCUGGAAUCGCUCGUCUCCUCCCAUCAACAGUAUGGACACCCCAGCUGUUCCUGAAUCCCUAUCUCAAGAAGCGUCGAUCAAGGACGCUCCCGCGAACGUUGAGACUGUUUCCGUAGAUGCUUUCCCACCAGUGAACGAGGCAAGACUCAUUAGGAAGAUUGACCUGAACCUGCUUCCUAUUCUCACCCUCCUGUAUUUGUUGAGCUUUUUGGAUCGCUCCAACAUUGGGAAUGCAAAGCUCGACGGAUUGACAACAGACAUCAAUGUCAUUGGGGCCAACUACAACACUUCCCUGGCGAUCUACUUCGUUGGAUACGUCAUCUGGGAGGUCCCCUGCAACAUGGUUCUCAAGCGACUGAACCCCCGAAUUUGGCUCCCUACUUUGACCCUCUUGUGGGGCAUCGUGUCGGUCACCCAGGGACUUGUAUCCAAUCAAGUGGGUCUUUUUUCUGUUCGUUUCUUCCUAGGAAUGACAGAAGCGGGUCUCUUCCCCGGAUCCAUCUUCGUAUUCUCGAUGUACUACCCUCGUCGUGUGCGGCACUACCGCGUAGCGAUCUUCUUCGGUGGAGCAGCUGUCUCAGGCGCUUUUGGAGGAGCGCUUGCAUACGCCAUCGGUCUUAUGGACGGUGUUGGUGGGAGAAGGGGUUGGAGCUGGAUCUUCAUCCUCGAGGGAUGCCUGACGGUGUUCGUGUCGCUCUGUGCUUACUUCAUCGUUCCCACUUGGCCUCGCUCGGCGACUUUCCUAACGGAAGCCGAGCGUGGCUAUCUCCUUACUAUGCUAAGUAGGGAUAGCGAUGCCGCCGAUCUGGAGCCGUUCAACUGGGACGGAGUGAAGCAAGCACUCGGUGAUCACGCAGUUUGGGGCUAUGCAUUGCUAUUCCACGGCUUCGCCUUUGUGUUGUACUCUAUCAGCCUGUUCAUGCCCACCAUCAUCGCCAACCUCGGUUUCGCGACGUGGGAAGCGCAGCUUAUGACCGUACCCCCCUACGCACUCGCGGCUACCUGCAUCUGGCUCGCCUGCUACGCUUCGUACAAAGCCGACAUACGUGCUCCAUUUAUCAUCGGCGCAGCUGGCGUGGCGUUCAUUGGUUACAUUCUGCUGGUCAGCACUUCGACUGCUGGACCGCAAUAUCUCGGUGUACAUCUCUCGACAGCCGGAGUAUACACCGGGAACGCCCUUCUCCUCUCCUGGCCAGCAGAGAAUGUCAGCAGUCAAACGAAGCGUGCUGUUGCUGUCGCGCUUCAGAUCUCGAUCGGAGACUUGGGUGCCAUUGUCGGCGUGCUCGUCUACCGACCCGAUUUGGCCGGGAACUUGUACAGGACGCCACAUAUUGUCGCGAUGGCUUAUCUGGUGUUUGGAUCCCUCGUCGCGGGCUGGCUCUGGUUCUGGCUGAAUAAGGAGAAUUUACGGAGGGAGAAGGUGUUGAGUGAGAAGGGAGAGAAGCAGGAAGCCCAAGAAGGGAACGACGGGUUAGAGGAAAGACGUCGUUUUGGGGAUAGGGAUGUUAGGUGGAAGUAUCAACUUUAG